GGUGCAGAGAUUAAUUCAACAGGCGAGUGGAUGACCUUGCCAGCCCCUCUUGAACACAUUAAUCUUCAUGUCCGAGGGGGUUACAUCUUGCCAUGGCAACAAUCUGCCUUGAACACAAACUUAAGUCGGAAGAAACCUCUUGGUCUUAUCAUUGCCCUGGACGAGAAUAAAGAAGCAAGAGGAGAGUUGUUCUGGGAUGAUGGGCAGUCGAAGGACACUGUGGCCAAAAACAUUUUCCUUCUCAGUGAAUUUUCUGUUACCCAAAACCGUUUGGAUGUGACAAUUUCAAGUCCAAACUACAAGGAUCCCAAUAACCUAGGAUUCCAGGAAAUUAAAAUCCUUGGGAGCCAGGAAUUCCGCAAUGUUAGAGUGAGACAGAAUGGGACUCUCCUUCAAAUGUCUCCUCAAGUCACUUACAAUUCAAACCUGAAG